GCACCAAUUCGAUCGGUCACUUCCGCCUCUGCGUCCAUUUUGGGGAAUAUUAAGAAGCUGUUAAUAAUUUUUUUUUCCAUUAACUUAGCGCAUUAGCGUGAGUGGGUAAAUACAAGGAAUCGUCCAGACGUGCAAUUGUCCCGGAAUUCGCUGAUUAGCUCUUCGCGUACCCUCUGUCCCCGUUGAAUCAAAACAGAGAAGCUCCCCUGGUUAUUCCGGUGUUCAAUUUUCCCCUCUCGUUUCUCUUCCAGGUGCGCUCAAUAUGUCUUCUCAUCGGAUGAAGCAGACAAGCACGAUGGGUAUGCAUGAGAUCGACAGCCCCACGAGCGCUGAGCUCGAUGAUGCCAACCUAGCACGCAUGGGAAAGCGGCCAGUUCUGAAGCGGAAUUUUGGAUUGAUGUCGAUAUUGGGUUUUAGCUGCACCAUCCUGAUUACUUGGGAGGGAAUCGUUGUUCUAUUUCUACAGGCAUACUCGAAUGGCGGCCCUGCUGGUGCAGUCUAUGGCUUCAUUUUCGUUUGGAUCGGGGUUGCGUCGACUUUCGUCGUUCUUUCAGAGUUGGCCUCAAUGGCUCCAACCUCUGGCGGUCAAUACCACUGGUGCUCGAUGCUCGCCCCACGAUCUGUAAUGAAAAUCUUCAGCUACAUAACGGGUUGGCUUACCGUUAUCGGAUGGCAAGCAACAUACGCAACCUCGUGCUUUCUAUGUGGAACCCUUAUUCAGGGAUUGAUCGUUCUCACUCAGAGCAGCUACGUGCCAAAGCCCUGGCAUACGACACUGCUGUUCUGGGCUGUUGCAUUGUUUUCAGUUGGCAUCAACUCGGCCGGUGGCAAACUACUACCACGAUUUGAGGGAUUCAUUCUCAUCCUUCACAUUCUGGGAUUCUUUGUCAUCCUGAUUCCUCUGACUUACAUGGCGGACCAUGGAUCAGCGCAUGAGGUUUUCACACAGUUCUUGAACAUGGGCGGGUUUCCCUCUCAAGGUCUUUCGUUCUUCGUCGGUAUGGUCGGCUGUAUAUUCGCUUUUGCUGGUGGUGAUGCCGCAGUGCACAUGUCCGAGGAAAUCACCAAUGCGGCAACGGCUGUUCCGACAUCAAUCAUGCUCAGCGUCUUGAUCAACGGAUCUCUAGGUUUUGGCAUGCUUCUGGCUAUGCUUUUCUGCCUCGGGGACGUUGAAUCCGCACUCCAGUCGCCCACAGGGUAUCCUUUCAUGGCAAUCUUCUUGCAGGCCACAGGGUCUGUCCCUGGGACCGCAGUGAUGAGCUCUAUUGUCACUACCAUGGGUAUUACUACGUCUGUCGGUAUGCUAGCUUCUGCAUCACGCCAGUUUUGGUCUUUCUCUCGCGACCGAGGUAUUCCGGGUUGGCGAAUUUGGAGCCAGGUUCACGGAGGUACCGGUGUGCCGAUCUACUCGGUCCUUCUAACAACUUGCGUUGUCUGCCUCCUCGCUCUCAUCCCCAUCGGGUCGUCGGUCGCCUUCAAUGAUCUUGUCGCCAUGUCAAUUUCUGGUCUCUAUCUUUCAUACAUGGUUGUCGCCGGUCUACUUCUCUGGCGACGCUCCACCGGUGGUAUCAGCAAUGCCCGAAGCAGCGACUCGGCUGUCGUUAACACUGUCGGCGCAAAGCUUGUGUGGGGUCCAUUCCACCUGCAAGGUAUCUGGGGAAUUUUGGUCAAUGCCUUUGCGCUUGUCUACAUGACUAUUGCUGUUUUCUUCAGUUUCUGGCCUCCAUCAUGGGUUGUCACUGUUCAGACUAUGAACUUCAGCGUCGUUGGAACUGUUGGUGUGAUCUUCCUCAGUCUCGUUUACUACGUAAUUCGAGCUAGAAAGGUAUAUGACGGUCCCAUCGUGGAAAUUGAGUAGAUAGUGCGGAAGAGACCGACGAGGUUUUUAUAUUGGUCGUGUGUAUAUUACCAUUCUGAUUCAUAAUAUCUUGGAGAACUUGGGGAAUUAGAUAAAAAGAGCUAGUUUUUGUCACUUAGAUGUCUUUUUUCCAAAGAUGAUGC